AAGACGCUCCGGUCAGUUUUUGUUACAUUAAAGUGCUGAAGUUACUUAAAUUUUCGAUAAAGUUACAUUAUUAUUAAGUUUUUUAUACAUAUUAAUUAAAAAUAAAUAAGAAAAAAAUCAAUGUUACUAACAUUUUGAUGUUGGAGCAUAUAUGCAUUUUUCAAAAAAAAAAAAAAAUAAUUUAAAAGAAAAAGUCUGGCUCAGUAUUUUGUGAACAGUUGAUUGAAUAUUAAUUACUACAAAUGGAGCAAAAUCCGAACAUUCCAGCUUUAGCAAAUGAAUUAGCUCAAGCCAUUGAAGUAAUUAUGAAUCCUGUAACACCCCAAACAAAUCGCAUGGAAGCCUAUAUAGCUUGUGAACAGUUUAAAGAAGCUUCACCGUUAUGCGCUCAAGCUGGGUUGUAUUUAGCGGGCGGACAACAAUAUAACAGUAACGUAAAACACUUUGGUUUACAAUUAAUGGAGCAUACUAUAAGGUUGAAAUGGAAUACUAUAUCACAAGAAGAAAAAAUUUUCAUAAAGGAAAAUGCUAUGAAACUUUUAUUAACCGGUGUUGGUCCAGCUGAAGAUACCUCUUUAUCACAUUUGAAAGAUGCACUUUCGCGUAUUAUAGUAGAAAUGAUAAAGCGAGAAUGGCCACAGCAAUGGACAACUUUACUUUCAGAACUCUCGGAUGCAUGCACAAAGGGAGAAGCUCAAACUGAACUUGUUUUAUUGAUAUUUCUGCGAUUGGUUGAAGAUGUUGCAUUACUUCAAACUAUUGAAUCAAACCAACGCCGUAAGGAUAUCUAUGCCGCUUUAACUAGCAACAUGAGUGAAAUUUUUGAAUUUUUUUUGCGAUUAAUAGAACUACAUGUGACUGCGUUUAGAGAAUCAACCUCACUGGGUAAUAUUCAAAAGGCCAGUGCACAUAGUCGGGUCGUACAAGUUGUAUUACUUACUUUAACUGGUUUUGUUGAAUGGGUGUCAAUUAAUCAUAUCAUGUGUGGUGAUGGAAAGAUUUUGCACAUUUUAUGCAUUUUGUUAAAUGAUUCUGCUUUUCAAAUUGACGCCGCGGAGUGUUUAGCACAGAUUGUAAAUAGAAAAGGGCAAGUCAAAGACCGGAAACCUUUACUGACUCUGUUUAGCGAAAGUCCUAUGAAUUACAUUUACACUUCAGCUCAAACUCCACCACUUGGUGCUACAAUUGAACAAAACCAUGCAUUUUUAAAAAAAUUGACACAAGUAUUUAAUGGCUUGGCACAGUUAAUAACCGCUCUUUGGGGCAAAGAUGAUGGUGCUAUACAACGUCCACAACAUUUUUCUGCAUAUUUAGAAGCUUUAUAUAUUAUUACCAGACACCCUAGUUUAACGGUAGCCCAUGGAGCAGCUCAAGUUUGGACAAUUUUAUUAAAACACGACCAAAUUUCAAAAGAUCCUUAUACGGCAAAUUAUAUUCCAAAAUUAAUUCAAGUUGUGGGCCCAAGAAUUGUUAAAAUAGGGUAUCCGAAUUCAAGGUCCAUAAGUAUAACAAUGACUACUGAAUCAUUUAUUAGUUUAGAAUACGACAGCGAAGAAGAAUACUUUCUAUUUUUCCAUCGCGCCAGAACUGAUUUUAUGGAAAUAUUUCGUCAAACUACUUUAAUAGCACCAAUCAUAACGUUCGGGUAUUGCGAACAGUGGUUAAAAAUGAGACUUGCUAAAUCACAUUCCGAAAUAAACACUAAUUGUAGCGUAUUUGAUCCGGUUUAUUUAGAAUGGGAAGCUCUUGUAACGGUUUUAGAUGGUGUGCUCAGUCGAAUACUAAUGGUAACAGAGCGACCUGCAGUGACCACGGGUUUGAAUUUAUUAGAGGACUGCUUAAAAGUUAAUACAAACGAUCCAGUUAUUAUUUCAAUAGUUCUUUCUUGUAUAUCAGCUUUGUUUGUAUUUUUGAGUAUGUCAAGUUGUCAAUUAACAUCAGCAAACUGUGUUGCAAUGAGUGGAGUCAGUUUAUUACCACGUGUUUUGGAUAAAAUAUUUUCUGCUUUAGUAUAUCCGUUUGAUGAUGACGAUCCUAUUCAAAUGUCAUCUUCAUCUAAUUUGCAAAAAGAACUAAAAAAAAUAACGAAACGUGAAGCUGUGAAAAAUUUAAGACGUCAUUCAGCAUCCUUAAUGGUGAAAUUAGCAAUAAAAUUUCCUUUACUGUUAUUACCAGUUUUUGAACAAAUAAAUUCCACUGUAAAAAACUUUGCAAGGCAAGCUGCAGCAGCAAGAAAUUCUAGCAAUCAAAUCACCAAAAAUACUCAAACCACUUUGAAUGAAGCUCUUCUGAUAAUUUCAAAUCACUUUUGCGAUUAUGAAAGGCAAACAGCUUUUGUCGCAGAAGUUUUAGCGGAAGCCCAACUGCAGUGGGUUCAACUAACAACAUUUUUCAAAUCCCCCUUAGAUUUUAUGAGCUUUGUUGGUUUAAAUAAGCCACCUGCAAAAGAUAUGGAUACCGAUCCAACAGCACAAAAUCGUGGGAAAAUUUUAGAUGCCCUCAACAUUGUUGUUGGUGUUCUUAAAAGAUGUACUUGGCCUGAUGAUCCAGAUAGAGCAUCACGUGGUGGUUUUGUUGUCGGCUUAACAGAGUCUGGAAACCCAAUUUGUCGAAAUCCUGCUGCAUCGCAUAUUAUACCGUUACUACCGAAUAUUUUAUCUUUAUUAAGAGUUUUAAAUGAGCUUUUUAAACCAGAAGCACUGAAUAGUUUGUCAGAAGGAUACAAAAAUGUUCACUCUUUAUUAGAGCAUGAAAAACGGUCAUUAAUGGGGAUUCCUCCAAUAAUGUCUGACCCAAUGGAUCCAGUUUUGAGGAAACCACCGACAAUGCUUGAAAAAAUGCAAAAUUUUAUGGCACAACUAUUUGAUAAUUGCUACCAUUUAAUGGGCCAAUCCGGACCUUCAUUAGGACGCGAUUUAUAUCAAUUACCUGGGAUUGCUGAUGCUUUGAUUAAUAGUGUAUUCACAAGUAUGGAAUUGAUACCUGACUAUCGUUUAAGACCUAUUAUUAGAGUGUUUUUUAAACCAUUCGUGUAUUCUUGUGCCGUAGCAUUUCAUGAACCAGUUCUAAUACCAAUUUUUACGCAUCUGUCACCAUUCAUGCUAAAUCGUUUGACUCAUCGAUGGCAAUAUAUUACGGCUCUAUAUGAAUCUGGGGAGCUGUCAGAAGAAAUUAGUGAUACUCAGGAAGUUUUUGAAGAUAUGCUUAAUCGUAGUUUAACUAGGGAAUAUUUGGAUGUAUUGAGAGUGGCCUUAGUUGGUGGUACAAUUAACCCAUCAAUCGAUCGAAAUGAUCAAGUUAAUAUUAUAAACGAUGUUACAAUGGAUCAAGAUGAAUUGUCGAUGGAUGGCGCUACGCAUAACACAACAAGAGCAACCCAGUCGGCUUUAACUUCUGAAGUUAUAAGUGAUUUAGGUGGAAAAUUGUUAAAAAAUCCACUAAUUUGUAAUUCAUUAGUUAUGACUAUUUUAAGUGCUAUUUCCUGGAACGAUAGUAAUUGUAGCGUUAAAAGUGUUCAACUAACUGCACCUGUAAUGCGUUAUUUAGCUGCAGAGCAAUUAUUAACUCCAUCAAUUGCUACUAAUGCUCUAAUAGCGGUUCUUAGAGGAUUACAGGUUCAUGGACAACAUGAAACGAUCCAAUCUCCUCUUAUUACAUUAGGUGUCCAAGUCUAUGAAAUAUUAAGACCAAAAUUUCCAAAUGUUUUUGAAAUAAUGCAACGUAUCCCAAAUAUAAAUUCAGCUGAUCUACAAAAAUUAGAUGAAAAAAUUGCGACAAGCCAAACAAAGGGAAACAAAAUUGAUAAAUCGAAGAAAGAUCUUUUCAAAAAAAUUACAUCGCAGCUUAUUAAUCGAAGUAUAAAUCAAUUAUUCCGUCAUGAAAUUCAAAUUGCCAAUUUGCCACCAAUGAAUUUGUCUGGUAGAAACAGAACAUUAGAUCAAAAUCGUGAUAUUUUAGCUGCAUCAGCUGCAGAAGAUGCUGGUUUAACAAAAUUAUUUAGUCCGGCGAGGAAUUUAAUUUAGAAAUUUUUUAUUUUACUAUUAUUAAUAUUACAAUUUUUUUAUCAAAUUGUGUGUAAUUUUUAAAAUUUUUAAAUACUUAGUUGAGAUAUUUUAAAACAAAAGAAAACUUUUAAAAAAUUAAUUUAUUAUAAUAAUUAGGCAUUAAAAAUUAAUCAGUUAACCUUUUUAUUUUAUAAGAUAAAUUUUUUUUAUUAAAAAAAAAAUUAGUGACAAUAUAUUAUGUAAUGAAUUAUAUAUAUGUAUAUAUAUAUAUAAAUGAAAAUUGUAUAUAUCAACAUAUUAAGAAAAAUUAAUAUCUUAAAAAA